CUUCUCUGCAGUCUUUCAAAAGAGGCGAGGUACCGAGGAAGCGGCAUACAGCUCGGUGGUGUCGGGGUGGCUUUUUUAAAAACAGGAGUCUACUCACAUUUGCGCGGUGCUUCAGACAUCCACGCAGCCCCGGCUCGGCUGGUGUACGGUUGAGCCACUGCACCGCCGCCUGAGCUGGGUUAAGCUAACGGGGACACGGCCUCCUCGCUUCGCCUCCGACCUGCAGCUGACGUUGGGUGCGGAGGAAGAGACGGGUAGCUAGCCGUCGGGGGUCGGGAAUACCGACACGAGCCAAGAAAUAGCACCAUCGCGUUUUUCUGUUUGUUUGUUUUUUAAAUCGAAUAAGCGUUAAAACGGUCAACUAUUUCGCUGUCUCGAUGGAGUACAGACGGGAUUGUCCAGGGAGCUGGAACAGAGCAUAACGAGACGAGCCUCAAAAGUGACACUGGAACAGACCCGAGAUUCUUUCAGCGGUCUCGCUAUGGAUUACUGCACUUUGGCAGCUUUGUGGACGGUGUGCUUGUGCUUCUUGGGAGAAUGUCAGAUGGACAAGGUUGGUCAAGUCAGCAUGGAGCACCAACAAGUCGACAAUGGUAAGCCAGAGAUGUGCCGGCUUGAUGAGCCCCUGUGCCAGGACGAGAACGCCAUCCUCAGCUUUGAGGCCAUCCGCAGCAUACACAAGCAGAUGGACGACGACGCCAACGGCAACGUGGACGUGGUGGAGACGGACGGGUUUUUGAGGGAGGACCUAAACUACCAUGACCCCAAAGCCAAGCACAACAGUUUCCAUGGUGAUGACCAGUUCAUCAGCGUGGAGGACUUGUGGCAUUCAUGGAAAAGCUCUAAAGUGUAUAACUGGACAGUAGACGAGGUGGUGGAGUGGCUGGAGUCCUACGUGGAACUACCGCAGUAUGUGGAGGCUUUCCGGAAGAUGAACUUGAAUGGGACGGCCAUGCCCCGCCUGGCUGUGAAGAACAGCACGCUAACGGUGACCGUGCUGAAGAUUCUGGACCGCAGUCAUGCGCAGAAGCUGCAGCUGAAGGCGCUGGACACUGUUCUGUUUGGAGCUCCCAUGAUGAACAGUCACAACCAUUUAAAGGACUUCAUGCUGGUGGUGUCCAUCGUGAUUGGCAUGGGUGGCUGCUGGUUCGCGUACAUCCAGAACCGCUACUCCAAAGACCACAUGAAGAAGAUGAUGAAGGACCUGGAGGGCCUGCAGAGGGCUGAGCAGAGCCUGCAUGACUUGCAGCAGAAGCUACGCAUCGCCCAGGAGGAACACCGCACGGUGGAGGUGGAGAAGGUCAACCUGGAGCAGAAGCUCCGGGACGAGAUCAACUCGGCCAAGCAGGAGGCGCAGCGGCUCCGGGAGCUCCGCGAGGGUACGGAGAACGAGCUCAGCCGGCAGAAGUACGCCGAGGAGGAGCUCGAGCAGGUGCGCAUGGCCCUGAAGAAAGCUGAGAAGGAGCUGGAGUCCCGCAGUAGCUGGUCCCCUCCGGAGGCCCUGCAGAAAUGGCUGCAGCUCACGCACGAGGUGGAGGUGCAGUACUACAACAUCAAGAAACAGAACGCAGAGAGACAGCUGCUGGUGGCCAAAGAGGGGGCUGAGAAAAUCAAAAAGAAGAGGAACACACUGUUUGGGACCUUUCAUGUGGCACACAGUUCCUCACUGGAUGAUGUAGAUCAUAAAAUCCUGGCAGCUAAGCAGGCUCUGGGGGAGGUAACGGCUGCUCUGCGUGAGCGGCUCCACCGAUGGCAGCAGAUCGAGGUGCUGACUGGCUUCACCGUUGUGAAUAACCCGGGCCUGCCCUCCCUGGCCUCUGCGCUGAACGUGGACCCCAGCUUCGUGGGCGGUCGCGCCACACCCCAGCACUUUGUCAUGUCCGACGACAUGGACGACAUGGAUGAGGACAUCGUGGCACCUGGACCUCUGCAAUCUCCCAGUAUGAUGUCCCUGCGCCAACGGCACGCUGACUCGCAGCUGGGCUCGGGCUCGCAGAGGUUGGUAGAGGGCUGCCGCGCUCCCGUGGACCACCAGGGGGAGGGUGGCUCGUACCUCUCGUGGGCCAGGUCCAACACACGCCAUUCCCCCAGGCACUUUGAGCCGCUGGGCCUGCCGCCCCUCGUCGCAGCGGUCUCGCACCCCUCCAUCAUCUGCGCCGCCUCUUCUUCCUCCCUACCAUCCUCCUCGUCCUCCGCUGCGCCUCAUUCCUCCUUGUUUCACUCGUGUUAUUUCCAGCCAAUGGAACCGAUUCCGGAUGUGCCCUGUGAAGCUACCCCGCGACAGCACCGUCGCAGUGGCAGCCAUGGGGACCUGAAUCUCUCCGAUUCGGACUCCUCCCUGUCUGUGUCCCAGACCAGCGAGCAGCUGCGUCUCACCUACAGCUCCAAGGGCCUGCCGCUGAAGCCCUCCUCCCUCCUCCAGGGCCCCCACUCCCGCUCCGAGGAGACCGCCUCAAUUUACAGCCACGCCCCCAACGGGGGCAACCGGUUCCACGAUGAGGGGGCGUCGCCCGACGCCGUUCCUGACAGCCCCAUCCUGAUGAAGAAGAUCCCCAGCAUGGGGAAGUCGGCAAGCAUGAGCGAGAUCCAUGGCUCCGCGUCGGAGUCGUCUCGCUCCCUAAGCCCCAACUCCACUGAGACCGAGACGCCAUCACCCACGGGGCUGCCCGGGCCGGCGGCGGCGGGGGCCAAGGUGGGCGUCCGUAUCCCCCAGCUCUCGUCAAAGAAGAGCCCAGAGGAGGACAGCGCCUCCACGGGCGAGGACACCGACUCUGCCAGCCGCAAGAAACACACCUUUAAGAUCUUUAAGAAGCAGAAGAAGUAGAGAGGUUUCCUGCUUGAGAGCAGCCAAGGCUCGUCCUGCCCCCAUCUGUGCUCCGUUCUUGCAGUGGAUGUUCUGAUCUCAACCCCCCCCCAACCCAACCUUGUUUUGGUGUCCAUAAAUUGUCAUGGCACAAACAAAUGCCUUUUCAAGGUUUUUGUAGGUACUUUUUUGUAAAGAAUUUUGGAAGCAGUCCUCGUGGGUUUUGUUUUUGUUUUGUUUCCCUCCUCAUUUAUUAUGGUUUUCGGAGAGGAUUACACUCUGGGGGCAUCAUUGGGAAUGCAGACUGUUUCUUCAGCAGGAGACAGAGCAGCCCCCUGGCUGGACUCUUGCUGUUUUCUUGUAAAAUCCAUCAGUUUGCAUGUCUUUACCUUCAUUUGACUGAAAUUUUGAAUGCUCUUUGAUGUUUGCUUGGUAGUUGUCCCAUGUUGCUUAAUAUCAGGUGUUCAUUUAUGCCAGCUCAUGCUUCUUUUAUCCUUCAAGUUAAACAAAAAAACAACAAAAAGCUCAUGUUGAGUGAUGGACAAUUUAAAGCAACUGUGAGAACGAUGUUGUUCAGUGGCAAAAGGGGUGUAGAAAAGGGCUCAACCACACUUGUAAACCCCUCCUUGAAUCUGUUGCACUACUGCAGAAUGUCUUUUGAAUUGGAUUUGCAGAAAUCAGGAGUACACACUGAUUUCGAGGAUUGCUGAGAUGUGGAAGGAACCACAGAUGGUUCACAAAUGGUCUUGAUCAUUCCAAGUCAUUAGAUCAGGAUGCGGCCUAUGGAUUUGCUGGUGGGGAAAAACGAACCAUAAAGUAGUUCUUUCAAAUUCUUAGGGCCGGGUUUCCGCAUCGCAGCCUUGGACUAAGAUGUAUUCAUUUGUCAGUGACCACCAACGAUGAGAUUAGUUCAAAACUACCAAAUCAGCAUCCCAAAAACAUGCCUUGGAGAUUAUAAAUAUAUGCUCCCAAAAGUGUCUUGUACUUGAUUAUGGCAUCGGUUGCUGUAGAGAACAGCUGUCGAGAACUCUAGUUGUUAAAGAUCGUUUGUAAUGGAAUAGGAUACCAGCUCAAAUAUUCUUUUGAUAAUGAAAAGUGCCAAACCAAAGAUGUACUCCAAAUUCAACAGAAUUCUCAAAAUGUCAAUUAAAAUGUUGUGAUACCUGUGGUAAAUCUGUCAGUCUGUCCAAAAAGCUCAAACCCAGCAACCGUUAAAUUUAAAACGUGUGCAAGUUUACAUGAUUGAUGCGAGUAUUGUUAGAAUGGAAUUUAAGAUGUCUAUCGGUAGGUGGUGGGCCUGAACUAAAGCUUUUCAGAUGUUCAAGGUUCCACUAAUCGCUCUGAAGGUGUGAAUCUUUAUGGGGUCCCUAUUGGUGUCUGUAGUUGUGGAAGCAGCUUCAGGAAGACUGGUAACGGCUUUAAGCUUAAAUUCUGGAGUUUCUCAAAAGGAAUCUAUAUGGUGAGAUUUUAACUUUCCUACUUUUCCAUUAAGCUCAGACUGGAGAGAAUCUGUAUUUGCCAUGAAACAGAAUUCAAAACGGAAAACAUUUUUGUCCUUGGUGGGUAAUCAGUUAUUGAAGAGGCAUUUACAUUUUACAGAGUGAGCAGGGACUGUUUCGGCCUCUGUGAUGCUGAUUUGUCUGAAAUGAUGAGAUCAGUGUUCAGAUCAGAGGUAGUUUUUUUUUUUUUUGUUUUUUUUUUUGCUUUUAUUUUAUUUUUUUUAAGUAAAAAGGACAACAGUAAUUACCAUGCCUUGACUUGGAGAGGGUUGGCACUACGCAUUUCUUCCUGCAGUGUCUCUUAUUGUCUUGUGGUUGCCUGAUUCCUGGGCUAACCAAAACAGUGCCGCGGUGGUACAGGUGUAAAAAUAAUUGCAUCACAAACAUAUAUCAGUCUCAAACCGGUAUGCACUGUAGGUCACCUGUAUUGAUGCAUCAUUAGUGCCUCUUUUGCACGAAGGCGCUGUAAAAUGUACUUUCAUGUGGGUGUGUGUGUGUGUGUGUGUGUGUGUGUGUGUGUGUGUGUGUGUGUGUGUGUGUGUGUGUGAGAGAGAGAGAUUUCAGUAAACUGCACUUCGUUGCGUUGAUGCAUGUUACCUGCUGCAGUACCAGUUCACAGAUUCGGGAAGGGGAGAAGCGGAGCGUUUUGGACUACUGAUGUCUCCCUUUGAGCUUCUAUUUAUGAUUAUGUACCUUCCAGAAGGAAAGGGGGGGGAUUAUUUUGCAUCAUCUGUAGUGUUCAAGACUUGUCUGUGUCUGGAAUUUUUUGGCACUUCUGCAUGAAAGCAAUAAAUGGUUUAAAAAAACA